CAAAAACCCUUUGUUGCUCUUUUGUUUGUUUCAGAAAUCCAGAAAUCGAACUCUUCUUUUGUUGCUCCAAGUUUCUAUUUUUCCAAUCUGGGCAUAUCAAUGGGAACAAAAAGGUUGUAACUUUGUUAAGACAAAAAGAGGGAAAGUUUGGAAUUUGAUGAUCGGGUGUUUUAAAGACCCAACAUAUGUUUUGAUGAGGGUUUUGCUGUGUAAGAUCCAGUGCCCUUCUUUUAUCUGUUUUUGUAAGCCUUCUCCUCAUAUCUACGCAUCUGGUUCUCUCAAAUUGGAGAACACCCCUCCUCAAGUGUCUUCUUCGACUACGGUUGUUGAUGAUCAUGAUGAUGAUGAUGAUGAUGCUCAUGUAGAAGAAGAAGAAGAAGAAGUUGUUGUUGAUCAUGUUGAUGGUUUGUUGACUGAGGUUGUUAGAGAAGAAGAUUGUGCUCUAGAGGAAAAAAAGGAAGAAGAGGAAAGAAGUCUUAGUAAUGGGAAAAUCUUGAAAAGCAGUCUCAAAAAGGAGGUCUUAGAUUCAGCAGAUGGUGGCAGAAAGGAGCAGAAGAAGGUACAGUGGGUGGAUUUGAUGGGGAAAGAACUUGCUGAGAUCCGAGAAUUCGAGUCUAGUGAAGAAGAUGAUGUCAGAUAUGAUGGCGAUCAAAGCUGUGUUUGUGUUAUUCUGUGAUCAAUUCGGCUUAGUUUUACCCGAAGUUAUGGCAAUGGUGAAAGGUGAAGAAGCUUGCUUGAGAAUUGGCUCUGUUCAGCUUGUGGCUUUGGAUUUAGAAUCCAUCUACAUUGAGGUACAUAUAGUAGAAUCUACAUUUGCUCACCUGAGGUUAUAUGACGAUUGUCGAUUCAGUGUUUACGGUUUUAGAAUUGUUAAAAGGAUUGCUUUAUAUUACACUUGUUUCUUUAACCAGUUAAUGAAGUUCUUUCUUAAUC